AUGUCUUCCACACCCUCCGCCUUUGAUCUGUCCAAGUGUGCUCGCCCGAAUAUUCUGCAAUUACAACCCUAUCGUUGUGCCAGAGAUGACUACAAAGAUGAUGGGACGAACGUCCUGCUCGACGCCAACGAGAACGCGUAUGGUCCCGGACUGGCAUUGAACGCCGAAGGUGCCCUGCAAGAGUCCACCGUGGCGGGCUUGCCCAAUGGCGCUUCUACUGGCGCGUCCAAGCCGGAGAUCGAUCUGCUCGGGUUGAACCGGUACCCGGAUCCCCACCAGGUCGAAUUGAAAGAAAAGUUCUGCCAGCUCCGCAACACCCACACCCACACCCAGAAGAACAUCACCGCGGAGAACGUCUUUGUCGGAGUAGGCUCAGAUGAGGCGAUCGAUGCGCUGCUGCGGUGUUUCUGCGUCCCCGGGAAGGAUAAGAUCUUGACCUGCCCUCCGACAUACGGGAUGUACGGCGUGAGCGCCCAGAUCAACGAUGUAGAGAUUGUGAAGGUGCCGCUGGACACCCAGGAUUUCCAGCUCCAGACCGACAAGAUCAACGAGACCCUCGCCGCGGACCCCUCUAUCAAGAUGGCCUACAUCUGCUCGCCUGGAAACCCGACGGCGAACCUGAUCCGCAAGUCCGACAUCCAGAAGGUGCUGGAGCACCCCACGUGGAACGGGGUGGUGGUCGUGGACGAGGCGUACAUUGACUUUGCGCCGGAGGGCUCCAGUCUGGCCGAGUGGGUAGCCGAGUGGCCCAACCUGGUGGUGAUGCAGACCCUCAGCAAGGCCUUCGGGCUAGCGGGGAUCCGCCUCGGGGUGGCGUUCACCAGCCCGGAGAUCGCCCUCCUGCUGAACAGCCUCAAAGCGCCGUACAACAUCUCCAGCCCGACCAGUGCGCUGGCCAACGCGGCCCUGUCCCCGCGCAACAUAGCCGUCAUGAAGAGCUACCGGGACCAGAUCGUCCGGCAGCGCGAGCGACUCGUCCAGGAACUCCCCAAGAUCCCCGGCGUGGGCCGCUUCCUCGGCGGCUUCGCCGCGAACUUCCUGCUGGUGCAGCUGCUCGACCAGCCGAGCGGCGGAAAGCCGAGCAAUGUCAUCGCGCAGGGGGCGUACGACGCCAUGGCGGAGAAGCGCGGUGUCGUGGUCCGAUUCCGCGGGAAGGAACACGGCUGUGAGGGGUGUAUCCGGGUGACGGUCGGUACGGAGAAGGAAGUCAGCAAGUUUUUGGAGGAGCUGCGGGUUGUGCUGGAGGGUUUGUUCACGGGAGGCAACAUCGCGUCGUUGAGAAAGGAGGUGAACCAGAUUGAGCAAUCUUAG